AUGAGAGAAUACAAGCUAGUCGUUCUUGGAUCUGGAGGUGUUGGAAAAUCAGCCUUGACUGUUCAAUUUGUCCAGUCCAUUUUUGUCGAGAAAUACGAUCCAACUAUUGAAGACUCUUAUCGCAAGCAAGUAGAGGUGGAUGGGCAGCAAUGUAUGCUCGAAAUUCUUGAUACAGCUGGUACGGAGCAGUUCACUGCCAUGCGAGAUUUGUACAUGAAGAAUGGCCAGGGAUUUCUCUUGGUCUUUUCUAUUGCAAGCAUGAUUACCCUGACAGAGCUGCAGGAGCUGAGGGUACAAAUCCAACGAGUAAAGAAUACAGACAAUGUUCCAAUGGUAUUGGUUGGUAACAAGUGCGAUCUUGAAGAAGACAGAAUGGUCUCGAGAGAACAGGGCAUGCGCCUGUCGCAGCAGUGGGGUGGAAAGCCGUUUUAUGAAACAUCAGCACGAUACAAGAUCAACGUCGAUGAAGUAUUUUACGACCUCGUCAGACAAAUCAACAGACAAAUGCCACCAAAAGACAAGAACAAGAAGAAACUCAAGUGUCUUGUUCUCUAA